AAGCGACGAAGAAGAAAGCUCAAUUCAGUGGGCGGGACAAACCCGAACCGAGCGAUGGACACAAACGUCUUCCUUGUUUAAAAUCCACAACAUAUGAAUUAUUGUAGCGAUUAUCACCGUCACAGGCUUCGGCUGGAAGAUGAGUACUUUCGCGGGUCGGAUGAAGGAGUACCCCACCGUGUCUCUGGACCGGUUCAACCAGGACAACCUACAUGCCCGGGCGUAUUUCCUGUCGCACUGCCACAAAGAUCACAUGAAGGGACUGAAGGGACCUCUGCUGAAGAGGAAGCUGAACUUCAGUCGGACCGUCCGACUCUACUGCUCCUUCGUGACCAAAGAGCUGCUGCUGAGCAACCCGAGGUACCAGUUCUGGGAGGAGUUCAUCGUUCCAUUGGAGCUGGAGAGUCCGACUCAGAUCUCCUUGGUGGACGAGGCGUCAGGAGAGAAAGAAGAGGUCGUGGUGACGUUGCUUCCUGCAGGUCACUGUCCCGGCUCCGUGAUGUUCCUGUUCGAGGGUUGUCGUGGAAACGUGUUGUACACAGGAGACUUCAGAUUUGCCGUCGGAGACGCGUCCAGAAUGGAACAUCUGCACUCGGGCAGCAGGGUUAAAGAUAUUCAGAGUGUGUAUCUGGACUCCACUUUCUACGACCCUCGCUACUAUCAGAUACCAACUCGGGAGGUUUGUCUGAACGGCAUCUCGGAGCUCAUCGGAAACUGGAUCAGUCAGAGUUCGUAUCACGUCGUGUGGCUCAACUGUAAAGCUGCGUAUGGAUACGAGUACUUGUUCACCAACCUGGGGGAGGAGUUCAACACACAGAUCCACGUAAACAAUCUGGCGAUGUUCAAGAAGAUGCCGGAGAUCCUGAGCUACGUGACGACGGACCGCCGGACACAGAUCCACGCCUGUCGACACCCGAAGGACGAGGAUUUCUUCCUUGGCAACCGGUUGCCGUGUGGCUGCACGGCGGCCGACGGGACUCACCUUCGCAUCAUCAGCAUCAAACCGUCGACCAUGUGGUUCGGAGAGAGAACCAGGAAAACCAACGUUGUUAUAAAAACCGGGGCCAGUUCCUUCAGAGCCUGUUUCAGUUUCCACUCGUCCUACUCUGAGAUUAAAGACUUCCUGUCGUAUCUUCAGCCCGUCAACAUUUAUCCCAGCGUGAUUCCUAUUGGUCGAACGCUGACUGAGGUCACAAACUUGUUGAAGCCGAUGUGCAGGAACCAGACUGAUCAGGCAGCGACCGUUUACAAGCCUCUGGGGGUCCUCAAACGCAGCAGGGCGGAGCGGCCUGCCUGCGAUUCGGGGAGCGACGACGACCUGUUCGACGGACUGGACCUGGCACCAGUGAGGAAGAAGACGGGGCUGAGCCAGCAAGUAAAAACAGAGAAAACUCAGAGUCCUCAGAGAACAGCGCCCCCUGUGUCUGUGGAGGAGUCUUUACCGCCGACGGUUGUGAGCAACUACGUCGACUGCACCGAGUCCAACGGAGAAGAGGAAGACGAGGAGGAGGAGGAGGAGGAGGAAGAGGGGAAGGGGGACGUGAAACCGACCAAGGAGGAAGUGAUGGAAGAAGGAAAGAAAGUGGAGGAAGGAAGCAUAGAGACACCGAAGUGGGAGGACUUCUUCACGGCGGAGAUGUUGACUGACAGCCAGAACAGCCAACCACAGUCCUGCUGCUCCAAGAUGACGGGCUCACAGACGCCAGAGCUGUUCAGUGAAGAAGACGACAAAGAGGAAGAGGAAACGCCGGACGCCUUCAGCCUCACGCUGUCGGCCUCGCUGUCCAAUCACUCCUCGCAGAACAUGGACUCGUGUUUACAGGACACCUUGAUCCUCCAACCGGAUCAGGGGAGGCGGGACCAAGGAGACGCGAGGACCAGUGGGAUGACUCGGAUGAAGGAGGAGGAGGAGCCGGAGGAGCUGUCGCAGCCUCAGUCGCAGGCGUCGUCGGACUUCGACGUUCCCUGCACGCCGGAGUCGGAGGCGCCGCGACCCGACGACCUGUCGCAGCUGUACAGGAAGUUGGCCUCGGGAGAGGAAGUGAUCGUGAGGAAAGGAAGUCAGGGCUUUGCGUGAUCCUGCGCUGUCACUGUGCAGACACACACUCUUCUUAACAUGACCAAAUAACUUUCUUUUUAUUUCUGUUGACUUGAACUUUGUCAUUAAGUUCCACGAAUCAUUCCCUGGGAAAUCUGGGAAAAGCUGCUUUCAGACAUUCACUGAAGUCCGGACAAUUUCCUGAACUUUUCCAGAGGGUGAAUGAAAACCGUCUGCUAAUGUUGCUCUGGACGUUUUUCCGUAACUUUUCCUUUCAGCCCUCUCGUAAAAAUUUCCGCUGGAAAAAUCUCUGGAGAAUUCCCAGCGAGCGAGUCGACGUGUUGAUGACUCAACUAAACAAGUCGCGUCCCGUUGUGUCCACAAUGUUCAGGGAAUGGAAACAUUUGGGCCCAGAUCUCUGGAUAUUUUUUCCAGAUUUGAAGUAUGAAAUGUCAAAUGUCUCGCAAUGUUAAAGUAAGCGUUUAAAUCAACAUUCCUUGAUCCGCCAUUGUGUCCAGAUCCACGCCAACAAGUAAUGGAUCCCGUCUCCUCCUUCCACCAAGUUCCGUGGAAAAUCUCAUCCUGCCGACGAGCGACUAACAAACUAACUAACGGACCGGAACCGUCACGUCACUGGUCCAGGUUGUAAAUCUUUUGGAUUUUUCUGCCUCUACGAGGAAGAACUAUCACUCACAAUGUGACAGGUUGUUUCCUGCUUCAUGUUUUUAUUCCUGCUGAACACACGGACCUCUCACACACACACACACACACACACACACACACACACACACACACACACACACUUCUUCAUUCCAUUGCACUUUAAAGCACCUGUGCUCAUCACAGAUGACGUUUCCGUCUCGUCGACAGUUUGUGGUUUGUUCCAGUUCUUUCGUCAAGUCGAGUAGAUUCACUUUUGUAUCAAAGCACAAAAAAAUGAUCAACUAACUUUGUAUAAUUUUGUGAUAAUAUUGUGAAAUGCCCUGAGAUGAUGCACGUUUUGAUUUGACGCUAUACAAAUAAACGGACUAUGUUUUAAAUGA